AUGGGGCUUCAGGAGUUGAUGAAAUUCGAGCAGCCUUUAGCACAGGCAGGGUACAAACUGCUAAAUGGGGCAGAUUCUCCUGUCGUUGAUGAUAACAUGCCUGUGCUGGUAGUUCUGGCAGGAAGGCGAGCAGCGCGCCUGCAGUGGUUACUAGCCUCUUUAGCGGCUGUGGCGGACAUUGGUGACGCUCUUCUAGUCAUUUCUCAUAGCUUCUACGACGAGGCAGUGAACGAGGUCGUCAAACGCGUCAAAUACUGCCGAGUCCUGCAGCUUUACUACCCAUAUUCCGUCCAAUUAUUCCCAAAUCGUUUCCCUGGACCAGACUUAAACCGCUCGCAUGCUGUUGCUAUCGCUGCAGAAGAAAAACAUCACUGGUGGUGGACUAUAAGUUUUCUCUUUAACCGCUAUACUUCGAUUGAUCAUAAGAUGGGUCUAGUGCUCUUUCUUCAAGAAGAUGAUUACGUCGCACCAGAUUUGCUGCAUAUGUUAAGAUACGCGAAACGAGCAUUCACGUAUCAUCCUGAAGCAGAAGUUAUUUCACUUGGAAGACCAGUUACAGAAGCUGAUUACAGUUUGUUAACUGUCGCGCCAUGGCAGCCGCCUUUUGAAUCAGGACUGGCGUUCAACCUAACCUUCUUUAAGAAGCUUCAAGCAUCAGCGUCAUACUUCUGUCAAUAUAACGAUGCUAGUUGGAGCUAUUCGCUGCUAGCUGCCUUCGCGUCCCAGCCGCGUGGUUACGUUGAUAUGAUAACGAGUAUGUCGCCUAGAGUUGUGUCGACGCGGGAGUACGCUAGUGGGCGUGAAGGGGUAGAGAAAGCGCAGGGGGUUUUCAACAAACUCAUUCCCAUGCGCGUGCGCGUAGCGUACAUAGCAACAGGCGAAGGCAGAGUCUCUCACCCUGAGCCAGUGCCGCACGGGGCGGGGGGAUGGGAGGACGCGCGCGACCGCCUGCUGUGUCUGGACCCGUUCCUGAUAACCACGGAACGGCGGCAGCAGGGAUGGAAUUUGACCUUCGCAGGAUCGGCUGCUUAA